AUGACAAAUAGGAAAGCAACCCCUAGGUUACGUCUUUCUAGCACUAGUUGUAUAUACCUUAUUAUCCUAAUCAUUGUAGGAAUUUGUAUGAGCCAUUCCAGCCAUGCUCAACAUACAUGUACAGGAGUAGAAUCAACACAGAUUGGAACUAGUGGUGUAUGUUCUGGACAUGGUUUAUGUACAGGCGAUGAUGAAUGUACUUGCUUGGAUAUUACAACAUCCACUGCUUUAAUUUCAAAUCAGAAUAAUAUCAUGACUGCAGGAGCAACCUUUUCCUCGCUCUAUUUUGGACAAUACUAUUUACAGAUGCAAACCUCAGGAAACUUGGUAUUGUUUGAUAAUAGUGCUGGCAGCAAUUAUGCCAGUUGGAUGAGUGGAACCUAUAAGAAGGGAACAGCUCCAUAUCAAUUGAAAUUAGAAACUAACGGUACUUUGGCAAUUUAUGGCAAUGGUAACGUUGUAAAGACAUUGUCAGAAGCUUGUACUGGAGGUACUGCUCCUUUUGCUUUAGUUCUUCAAAAUAAUGGAGAUUUAGUCUUGUAUGGUUCUGAUGGAUAUGUUUGUUGGAGUACUGAUUAUUCUGAUGGAAGUGCUCCUAAUUAUGGAUAUGUUGGCUCUACUUGUCAGACACCAGUUUGUUUUAAUGUAAAUGCAACCAGUGACGCAGUAUGUUCAGGUCAUGGUACCUGUACUUCACCAAAUAGUUGUAAUUGUAACAGUGGAUAUGGCAAUGCUAAUUGUCAAACAUUCGUAUGUGGCGGUACUCUUGCUGGUAGUUAUAAUGUUUGUAGUGGUAGAGGAAAGGGAGCUUGUGUUAAACCAAAUAAUUGUUCCUGUCAAAAUGGAUACUCUGGAGAAAGUUGUCAGACUUAUUACUGUUAUGGAACGUUCAACAAUAAUACUGGUGUAUGUUCUGGAAAUGGUGUUUGCUCCUCAUCAAAUGUUUGCACAUGUAAAUCAGGUUAUUAUGGUAACAUGUGUGAAAAUUAUGAUUGUAAUGGAAAACUCUAUAACAAUUCAGGAGUUUGUUCUGAAAAAGGAAGCUGUGUUUCACCAAAUAAUUGUUCUUGCAUUGUAGGAUAUGGUGGUGAUGAUUGUGACAAAUUCCAAUGUUUUGGUUUGUUAUCAAACGAUUCUAAGGUUUGUUCUGGUAAUGGUAAAUGCAAUGGUGCUGAGAUUUGCUCAUGUAAUUCAGGAUACUAUGGACAACAAUGCGAAAAUUUCAAUUGUUCUAAUAUUUCAAAGAAUAGUUCCUCAGUUUGUUCUGGUUUUGGAGUAUGUUCUUCUCCAAACAACUGCACUUGUUUCUCUGGAUACAAUGGCACCAAUUGUCAAACUUAUCAAUGUUCUGGUUUUGAUUAUUCUGAUCCAUUAGUUUGUUCUGGAAAAGGAAGUUGUAUUUCACCAAAUAAUUGUUCUUGCAUUGCAGGAUAUGGUGGAAAUAAUUGUGAAAAAUUCCAAUGCUAUGGAUUGUUAUCAAAUGAUUCUAAGGUCUGUUCUGGUAAUGGUAAAUGCAAUGGAGCUGAUAUUUGCUCAUGUAAUUCAGGAUACUAUGGACAACAAUGCGAAAAUUACAAUUGUUCUAAUAUUUCAAAGAAUAGUUCCUCAGUUUGUUCUGGUUUUGGAGUAUGUUCUUCUCCAAACAACUGUACUUGUUUCUCUGGAUAUAAUGGCACCAAUUGUCAAACUUACCAAUGUUCUGGUUUUGAUUAUUCUGAUCCAUUAGCUUGUUCUGGAAAAGGAAGUUGUAUUUCACCAAAUAAUUGUUCUUGCAUUGCAGGAUACUCUGGAUCAAACUGUGGUACUUAUUAUUGUAACUCAGUCGUCUAUUCUGAUAAGAAUGUUUGUUCUGGAAGAGGCUCGUGCACUCAACCAAACAAAUGUAACUGUACCUCAAGAUAUUCUGGAUCUAAUUGUGAAAGCUUCUCAUGUUUUGGAUACAACUUUAAUUCCUCUUUGGCUUGUUCAAGCAAUGGUUCCUGUAUUGCGCCAAAUAUUUGUAGCUGUAAAUCAGGUUUCAAUGGAUCAAACUGUGAAAGUUACUCUUGCCAUGAUAUUCAAUUCAAUUCAUCCAAUGUUUGUAGCGGAUUGGGCUCAUGUGUUUCUCCAAACAACUGUAAUUGUUCAAAGAAUUAUUACGGAUCCACAUGUUCACAAUUCAAUUGUUAUGGAAUCAAUUAUUUGAACUCCACAGUCUGUUCUGGAAAUGGUAAAUGUUUGGACUACAAUACCUGUAAUUGUACAGCUAAUUGGUUUGGACCAUCUUGUUCAGUAACAAAAUGUUUUGGUAUCAAUUCUAACAACACCUCUGUUUGUAAUGGAAAGGGAACAUGUACUGGUAAUGAUAUCUGUUCAUGUAAUGCAAACUAUUUCGGAACUAAAUGCGAGCUCACUACUUGCAACUCAGUUUCAUCUAAUUCCAGCAACGUUUGUUCAUCUAAGGGUACUUGUAUUUCUUAUAACGAAUGUAGCUGUCAAUCUGGAUACUCUUCUACCGAUUGUAGCGUCAACCUCAAUCCAUUAGUUAUUUCUUUGAAAAAAUCAUCAGGAGUUUACUAUCAAAAUGUUACUUCUGUUUCAUUGGAAAUAAUAUCAGACGAAUUUUCCUCUCUCGCCAGCUCCAAUCUGGUUUACCAAUGGAUUUGUGAAAAUUGCCAAGGUAAUACAAACACUUCAACUCCAUUUAACCAAACUAAUGAUAGAAUACUUAUGGUUAAUCCAUCAGAACUCAAGGCUCCUGCUUUGUACAUUUUCUCGGCUAAUGUUUUCUAUACUAAUCCAAAAGGUUUUGCUAGUCGUGUAUCCAACACUGUCAAAUUUAAUAUGACUGUCUUGGUAGUACCGGUUGUUGAUGUAAAUGUUCCUUCAUUGGACAUUUUUGGUUUGCCUUCAGUUUAUGUAGGAAAACAACUUGCUGCUGGAAAAGCUAUUGAGGCUGUUGUUUCUAAAGUGGCAUUGAAUCAAUCAAUUGUUCAAUCAUUCUUGGGAUGUGAAGGAAAUUGUUCUUCUUCCUUGACUUUCUCUUGGAGUGUAUCAAUGAUGGUCAAGAGUACUCUCACUAAUAUUUUCAAAUCAACUGGUCUUAUUACUGGUUAUACACGUCAAGGUAAUUCCUUAUUGUUUACCCCAGCAAUUACAUUGAGUACAACCAACUAUAUUUCAGGCAGUUCUUAUGUUGUUAUUUCUUUAGCAAUUUUCAAUUCUGCUAACAAGAAUAUGACUGGUUCUGUAACUAUCCCAAUUAUUUCUGCUGCUUCUGCCCCAGAAGGUGAUUUGGUAACUUUGGAUAGAACAUCAGGAUAUGCACUCACUGAUUAUUUCACAAUUACCUUUAAUCAGUGGGCUGCAGCUGAGCAAUUACAACCUUUGCAAUAUGCUAUCGGGUUUACUGAUCCAACCUCUUUGAAACAAAUUAGAUUGACUGAGUAUUCUGCAAAUCUGACAAUUUCUACCUACUUGCCGUAUAUUAGUACAGACAAGAAAGUAACAGUGGGAUCUCUUGGAUUACUUGUUUAUGUAAAAGAUUCUCUUGGAAAUAGUGAUUUACUUGAGACUCUUUCUGUAAAUGUAACUGCAUUUAAUGGAACAUCUUCUCAAUUAUCAUCUAGAAUUGGUGAAUUAACAGGAGUGGCUGUAACAGUGGCCUCAUACGAUCAAUCGUAUUUGGUUGCUUCCUCUGGAAGUGGUGGUAACGCUGAUUUGGUUUCACAAAUUGUCCAAAACAUUAAGAUAGAUCCAACUAAUCCUGCUACUGCUUUGUCAAGUUUCCAAGCCUUAACUUCUUCCUCUGACUCGGUUAAUGACAAGGUAGUUGACCAAGUAACAACCAAGAUGAGUAGUUUCGCUGAUUCUCUUACAGAUUUAUACAAGAAGGAAAUUGAGCAGUACGGAUACGUUAGAUCCAAAAUUUCACAAGAUGAUGUUAAAUCAGCAAUUGAAAUUUCAGGCAACUUACUGCAAUCUGGUGUUGGUGCUGAUAAAACGACAGAGGUUACCAGUAAGAUGGCCGCACUUGUCUUACUCUCUCAAGUUCCAACAGUAUUGGACUCAUCAUCCUCUGAACUUCCUGCCGUAACAAUCAGUACUCCUCUCAUCAAUAUUACAAUUUCUAGCUUCAAAUUGAGUGGACCAACAUCAGGCAAUCAAACUCUCUCAUCAGGAGACAGUUCUAUUGGAAUGGACAUAUCCAGUAUCUUGGCCAAAUAUGAUGGUUUCUCAAAGAGUGCUGGUACAUCUUUAAUUUCCUAUCAAAAUCUUCCAUUCUCCAAUAACUUUACUGAAAGUACUCCUUCCACAUCUAUUGCUAAUGACUUCAAGUUCUUACAAGAGGGAAGCGUUUUACCAUUGGCUAACUUGACAACUCCAAUCAUUCUCUCCUUCAAAUUGAACUUGGAUUUGUCUACUGUUUCCAAUUAUUCUUCCAAUACAUCAACCUUUGCAUGUAGAUAUUAUGACGAACGUAGUGGAGCUUGGAGCACAGACGGAUGUACAUUGGUGGGCUAUAAUCCUGCUACUCAAAUGAUUGAUUGUGCCUGUACUCACACCACAAUGUUCUCCACAUUCUUGGAACAAAAAACAAUAGAGAUGACACCAAUUGUUAAGCAGGUAGUAACUGGAUUGUAUAGUGCUCAAAUUGCAUUCGGUAUCUUUUACUUUGUAAUGUCUACUAUCAUCCUAACAUUAUUAAUUAUCUUUAGAAAGGAGCAACCAAUUUCCUCUCGUUUGGGAACUCCAUACUUGGGUAUGAUUGCUUUGAUCAUUGAAAGUGUUUUGGUUUAUAUCAUCCAAAGAAGUGUUCUAGUAUCUCAACUCUACUCUGGUAAUUCUCAAAUGUGGGAAGCUGGUGAUACAGCUGCUAAUGUGAUUGCUAAUAUUGUUGCUAUUCUUGUCAACACACUCAAUUUGACGGCUAUUCUUUCAUAUGUAUUACAAGUAUUCAGAUUCCAAUUUAUGAAAUAUUUGUAUCAAUUAAUUGCCAAGACAAGAGGAGACGAAAAGAAGAGCGAAAGAAUAUUCAAAAUGCUUCGUUACACCACCUCUACUGCUUUAUUUGUAACCAUUGUUUGCGUUUUUGCUGGCAUCAAUUUGCUCUAUUGGACAUUAUGGGUCAUCCUAGUUAGAACUGGAGCCAUUAGCUCAGCAGCUUACACCUACAUUGUUUCUAUUUCCUACACAACCACAGUAUUUGUAUUUAGUGUAAUGAUUAUUCUGGUUACCAUAUUUGACUUUGUAGGAUCUCAUAAACAAGAAAAGGAAAGAGUAGCAAGAGCAUCAAGCAAACGUAAGGAGCCAACAUCUGAGUUUGAUGUUAAUACCAUUAACUUUAAGAAAAAUUACACAAAUCCAUUCAAGAAACUCUAUACAUGGUUUAUUUCAUUGGACGGUCCUCUUUAUUUCAGAAUGGAAAUGAUGCUCUACAUUUUGUGCUUUAUUUUCCUCUUCUUCAAUCAAGUACUUGGUCUUAGUAGUUUAUCAUUCAGAUUCCAAUCUGAAGAAAUGUUCCAAAAAGCCCUCGUUACAGAUAUGGUUUCAUUCAUCUUUGAAGUUUUGUACGUGUUCACCUACAUGUUAACAUUUGGUGGUUAUGCUCUGUUGGUAUUGGCAAACUACAAGAUCAAAGGAAAGGUCAGAAACACGGAAAGAGCUAGCGAGCCAGAAAAUAGACAAUCAUCCAAUGAUGAAAUUAUCAACAAGGAUAUGAGCGUCGUUUUGGAUAAUGAGGAAGGUUAUGGACUCUUUGAAGUUUUCUGUGAAAAGGAGUUCUCAUUGGAGAAUAUUUAUCUUUUUACUGAUAUCAAAACAAACAAAUCAUUCUUGGAUAGUAAUGACUUGGAAAGGCUUCCAAAGUUCUCCAAGUAUAUUUAUAACAAUUAUAUCAAGACGAAUGCACCAACAGAAGUCAAUAUUCCAUCCAAAUGUAGAAAUGCAUUCCUCUUCCUCUACAAGAGCAUUAUCAAAAAGAAUGAAUCUUAUGAAUUAUUCUCUGUGGAUAUUGAAGCUGUUGAUCAAGAUAUCAAGGUUGCCACAAAGAAUGCUCCUGUUCCAGUUAUAGAAAUUGAAGAAAAGGUUGUGAAGGAAACAUUUGAAAACUUGAAUCGACAAAUUCUCAUCAAUCUUGGUGAUACCUUCUCUAGAUUUGUCUUUACCUCUGAAUAUACAGUAUUCAAUAAGGCUCACACUCUUCAACAACAAUUAUUGGAAGAAGCCAAUGUUGUUUAUAUAGUAUAAAUAAAUGUCAAUGCAUUCAUU